GUGCGGUCUUUGUUCCACUGCGCUGGGACCGGAGGCAGACAUGGAUGCGUUCUCUUUGGGAUUUUGGUUUUCGGUUUAUUUUAGCAUCUUGUUCGCUUGUCCGCCAUUCUCUUUCUUUCUCGGGCACUGCCAAUGUUUAUUUUCGGCUUGCCAUUGCCCUUUCUUCUUCUUCCCUCCCUCCCGAUUCAUUCUCAUUCUUCCUCCUCUUCUCCUUCUUCUUCGGUUGUGUGGCCUCUUGCAUUUCUCUUUGUGCCAAAUUGGGAUCCCGUUUUUUUUUCCCUUUUGGGAAGAGCGAGUGGAGAGGGGAGAGUGGAUAGACUAGAGAGAGGAGGAGGGGGGGGAGGGAGGAUUCCGAGAGUCCGUGCUGGACCUGGACAUCAUCCGUACUCCAGAUCUCUGAGGUGGGACAGAG